UCCCGGAAGUUUUGAAUAACAUCCAUGCAUUGUAGCUGCAUGACAGCAAAAGUUGUAAACGCUUUCUAUGCUUUCGGUUUUUGCUUUUCAACCCCGAGAGACCAAACAUAUCCAGUGUACCUCCACUACAGUGGACCGGGGUGAAGCUCCCUCCAGUCCCGCCCGCUGAGCACAUGUCCGGCUUCGACCUCGUCCAAGUGGACGGUGGCGGCGGCGGCGGGGAUCCCAUCCACCUGCCGCCGGGGGAGACGGUGUUGGGCCGGGGGCCCUUACUGGGAGUCAGCGACAAGAGAGUGUCCAGACUUCACGGGCUGCUGGAGAACCUGAACGGACAGCUGCGCCUCAAACCGACCCACCUGAACCCGUGCUUUGUCCAGUCGUCCCUGACCGACGACCCUCGACCUCUGCAGAGAAGUUCCUGGUACCCUCUUCAUCACGGAGACUUGUUCUCUCUGCUGCCGGGCCAGUUCAUCUACCAGGUGGUGGCCGUGGGCGAAGAAGGCCGCACUCCCAGAAACAGUCAGAUGUUUGAAGAAGAGGAGCUUCCCGUUGAUCCCGAGCCAGAUGUGGAGCCAGAUGUGGAGCCAGAGGUGCAGCCACAUCCUCCUCCUGUUGGACAGACUCCUCCGCCACCGGCAGCUCCGUCGAACCAGGAGGAAGCCGUCAACAGAAGCCUGAAGAAGAAGGGAGCCUCUGCACGUCCAAAAGAAGUUCAGGACGACCAGAGGGACGUCCCUCCGUCUGUAACCAAGAGAAGAGUUUUACCUGCGUGGAUGAUGGCGGCUGCAGCAGCGCCACACAGUUCCUCCUCCUCCAGACCAAAAGUUCAGUCCGCUGUGAAGACAAGUAAAGGACCUUCAACCAGCACUAAACCAGCUGCAGCCAAACAAGCCACGCCCACCAAGACCUCCUCACCUGAGGAGGCGGAGCUCAGCGAGGAGGAAAUGCCGAGGAAGAGGAGAAGGAAGAUGAGUGAUGAAGAGGAGGAAGCAGCUCAGUCUAAAACAGACGUUCCUCCAGAGCAGCGCUCAGUCAGGCUUCACAGCGAAUCCAAGAGGUCCGAGGUGAGCGACGAGUCCGGCGGCUUCACCGUGGAGGUGGACGAGGAGGAGGAGGAGAGAGCGGAGUCGUCUACAACUGACAUGAACACCACCAUACGGACGAAUGUGAUCAGUCAAUCUGACAACGACGAGGACAACAAGCAGAAAAAUGGACGACAGCAUACUAAAGGAGUCGGGUCGAGUGGCGCCUCUGCGACCGGACUUCGAGCGCCGUGUCCGUACGGGAACAACUGCUACAGGAAGAACCCGGCCCAUUUCCAGGAGAGCAGUCACCCCGGUGACACCGACUACGAGGAGGAGGAGGAUAAGGGAGAGGAGACGCAGGAGGCAGAUCGGCCUGAGUGCCCCUACGGCACCGACUGCUACAGGAAAAAUCCUCUUCACAGGAAAGAAUACAAACACACAAAGACACCAGGAGUGAAUGAUGUCGGGUAAAGUGCUUUGAGAGGUGGGAAGAAUAGAGGCGCUGCAGUAAUGCAAGUCCAUUUACUAAAGCAACGGGCUCCUGGAAGGCGGCGAGACGGCAUUUAAUAAAAUGACAGUUCCACAUGCAUCGUUGUGGGAAGUGGUUGUGAGUCAGCGAUGUGAGUUGUCGGCUCUCACGGCAGCCCAGGAGGAUCUACUGGACUGACUGCAAAGCCGCUGGUGCUGCUGUGUUGUCCUUUUAAACCAGAGUCGCACAAAAUGCUUCCUAACAAAAGCGAAAAUAAAAAAGGGAAAUUUCCAUCUCUGAAAGGGUUUAGCGACAGAUCCUCGACCUGAUGAAGAAGAAGAAAAAACACACACUGGAUCCGUCACCAGAGCUGCUCACAAUCUAUAAACCCACUGGGGCCUAUCAAUUUUGUUGUUAGCGGGUUAUAAUGUAAUCUGGA